CACAUAUGUCAUAGCCUCGCAUAACAUAAACAAGAUUGAUUUCCGGAACCGUCAGUCCAUUUUGCCUGCAGUCCAGUGUUGGGGACGUCCCGUCCUUCAGUCUACAAAACACCAUCCAUCAGAUCACCACCACCAUGGCGCUCGCCACCGCCCACCUCCGCGUCGCCCGCCCUACCAACGACAUCGCCGCCCUGCUGCCGUUCUACUGCGACGGCCUGGGCUUCACGGUCCUCCUCAAAUUCGACGAGCACGAGGGUUUCGACGGCAUCAUGAUUGGGCACAAGGGUGCUGGGUAUCACCUCGAGUUCACGACGAAGCGGGGGCACGACGCCGGUCGGGCGCCAACCGAGGACAACCUGCUGGUAUUUUAUCUACCAGAGCAAGACGAGUUCGAGGCGGCAGUCGCGCGCAUGGGAAGCAGCGGUUUCCAGCCGGUCGCAGCCUUCAACCCCUACUGGGACAGGUGCGGCAAGACGUUUGAAGACCCAGACGGCUAUCGCAUCGUGCUGGCCAACAGACCGUCCCCCACAUGACGGUGAUGCUCAGGGCCACGCAAAUUCGCAGGUACGCUUGCGGUUCGGGCAUCUUGUACUCUUCAUCAGCAAUUGUUGCGUAUUGGGCCUCAUUCGUACCGCCUCAUUGCUAG